UGCCCAUUUGGGCGGUUGCUAGUGCAUCAGGUCUGUGGUUUCCCCAGGGCUGCAGAAGAAUCUCCAAGGACCUGCUGGUCAAGGUGCAUGUGGGGUGCAAUGCCCCCCUUCGCCUCUUGGUGCCGCUCUAGGACGGCGCAAAGGUCGAUGGGAAUUGUAGUCCGAUAAGCAAGCCUGGCGAGUGUCGGGCGCAUGCGUAUUGUCGUCCGGUCCCGGUUGCCCGUGGUGACAGACGAGGAGACGGGGAGAUGGCGCGGUUUGGUUGCGGGUUGCGCUGCUGGCCGGCUGGUUGAUGGCGGCCCGGCCGCAGGCGGCCGACAAGUACUCCCGGCACAGGAACGAGGAGGCGGCCGCGGCGGCGGCGGGGAACGAGUUCAGGAUCGCCAAACUCAACCAGGUCUGGGACAAGGCGCAGCGGCUCCAAUUAUCUCCAGUAAAACUGGCUGAGCUGCACAGUGACCUGAAAAUCCAGGAGAAAAAUGAGCUGAACUGGAAGAAGUUGAAGGCUGAUGGUCUAGAUGAGGACGGUGAGAAGGAAGCAAGGCUGCGUCGUAACUUCAACGUCAUCCUCACAAAGUACAAACUUGAUGGGAGAAAGAAUACUAUGCCUUCAGAAUCAAAUUACCUCAGAGAAUCGGUGGAUUCUGAAAAUGAUGUGUUUGAUGAUCCAAAAUUAGAGAAGUUAUGGAAUAAGGCAACGACAUCUGGGAAAUUCAACGAUGAAGAAGUUCGAAAACUGCGCCGUGAAUUUCUACAUCACCAGGACAAGAUUGAAGAGUAUCACAUCCUGAGGGAGACUGUCAGCAGGAGUGAAGAUAUACAUGAGAAUGUGAUAAGCCCUUCUGAAGCCCACAUCAAGGAAGAUCUAUUACACACCAAGCAUGCCGAGUUAAAGGAUAAGCACCGUAAUGUCCAAGAAAGUUUUGAGCGUUUGCGCAAACUCAUCCACCAGGGCUACGAUGGAGAUAGUGAGUUUUCUGAGCCAAGAGUGCUUGAGCUGUGGGAUAUGGCAAAACAGUCGAAUUUCUCAGACGAAGAGCUGGAUUCCAUCAAGGAGGAGCUGAAACACUUUGAGGCAAAGAUAGAGAAGCAUCAACAUUAUCAGGAGCAGCUGGAUUUAUCCCACCAGAAGCUUAAACAUGUGGAGACUAUUGGGGACAAGGAACAUCUGUCUAGAAACAAAGAGAAGUAUAAAAUCCUGACAGAAAAGACUAAAGAACUCGGAUACAAGGUAAAAAAGCAUAUGCAAGAUCUUCUGGCUAGACUCUCAAGGGGAGGGCUGAACCACAAUGAGUUGUGAUUCUUCUGUCACCCACAGCCUUUCAUAUAAUCAGAUACAGCUGGAACACUGUAGCUGAGAUAGGUACCAAGUAAUCAAUCAUUGGUUCAAUCAGCAUUCAAAUAUUUCUAUGGUAAUUGUCCCUUUUGUACAAAUAAUUGGAGCUACUGAUAUGGAACUCAGCAGCACACCAGAUUUGUGCUAUUGCCUGUGCUAAACCACAAGUUGCUGAUAGAGAUACUUUACAAAAACUGUCUAAUCAAAUGCACCACCUCCGUUUAAUCAAAAUCAUUGUAAAUUCAGAACUUACUGUAUAUUGAUUUUUGUAGAUGGCUGAUUUUUGGUUUCAGUCAAGAAUUAGGUCUGAGUUAAUGAGUGCUCAACUCGGCUUUGUCUCAGUAAUUGAACUUGAAGUGAAACACAAGUUACUCAGGUGAUGCACCUUCUAAGUUGCAACUUAUCCAUGACAGGCCAUUGUUUCCCAGAGGGGGCGAGGGUGGUGUGGGAUCUUUCCUUUCCAUUAACAACGUCCUCCAUGAGCUUUCACUGAAACCCUUACCGAGGCCACUCUUGGUUUCAAAUAGUUGCCAGAGGAAUUUAUCUUCUGUUCUCAUGCCAUUGCUUCUCAAGUGUCAUAAGGGUCCAUCCUUAGUCACUCAUGACUCCCUUACUGACAGAGAUGUGGAAGAUCCUGAUGACGCUCAGUUCAAUCUCCACCUAACAUCAAGUCAUCCUGAUCUCUUAUUGAAUUUGAAUGUGGCUGAUGUGUACCUAAGCAUAAUUUAUCUUCCUUCAUUCUCUAAUCCUUUUUUCACAACUUCAGUGCUGUCAGACUGUCCAAGAUCCAAGCUUAGAUGAUUUACCAUUUCCUCUGGUUUAAAGUUCGGAACGACUGCUCUCACCAUUUCUUGCCACCUUUUAAUUUCUCAUUCGACUUUCCUCAUCCACCAUUUCUUAGGAUGUCUCAACCAGAGAAAGGAGCUGAAUAUAGAUCCCUGGGGCACUGCAGAAGUAAUAGUAUGAUGAGAAAUCACUGAAAUUACUGUAACUACAAGUAGAUAAACAAGAGUGGGCAAGAUAAUGGGGAGAGUCCUUAAAUGUGUUUAACUGUACCCUUCUGGUACUUUACUCCAAGAUCUGCUUCUAAAGCCAUCAAACUCUUUCUUCCACCUCUGCACCAUUGCAGACCACUGUCAGUUGUCCCCAUACCUCCCAUUUAACAUCCUCGUCCUUGCAAUUCAAUGCACCAACCUUCCCUAUCUCUGUAACCUUCCCAACCCCCAGAGAAUUCCAAAGACAUAGAUAGGCCAUCAGCAGUUUUCCUGAUUUCCAGACUUCAGAAGGUGCAAACGUGAUGGAAUAGCUGAAAGGAAUAAAGGAUGAAAGCUAAAUUACUCGGGGCUUAGGGAAAAGCCUCCCAGCCUCAGUACUUGUGUUGUAAAGACAACGUCAUAAAAGCUUGAAUGACAUCAGUGUUUGCCCUAUGCUGAGCUUUGGCUGAGUGCUUCAUUUCCCAGCCUUCACCGUGUCCAAGCACAUAGUUGCUUUUGUUGAUGACAAGCAGUGAAGCAAUGUUGGACUGGAAAGAAUAUGUUGCAGCUGUUCUACAAGACAGCACCAUUGCAGACAUUGCCAUAGUUGGAUGCACUCCCAAGAACAAAACCAUCUGGGCGUGCAGAAGCGAUGGUGUUUUCGGACAGAUUACAUCUCAGGAAGUUGAAGUGAUCAUCGACAACGACAGGAAGUCUAUUCUCCAAAAUGGCAUAACUAUCGGCGGGAAGAAGUAUUCCAUCAUCCGAGAUAACAUGCUGUUAGAAAAGGAUCCCUCGAUGGAUGUCAGGACACUGGGUGGUGAGGGAAUGAGCAUUUGUAUUGGGAAAUCUUCCAAAGCUUUGAUGUUUCUGAUGGGCCAGAAGGGAGUUCAUGGAGGAGUCAUCAACAAGAAGAUGCAUGACAUGGUGGACUAUCUAAAUAGAAAUGGCAACAUCUAAGUAGCCAAGUACGAAAUAAAGCUGUUGAGCCCUGUAAAUUUUGAGGGGGCAUUUUCCUUGCUGUGUAAUUAGACUGGAAAAUUGUUAAAGUGUUUUGUUUGAGAGAUCUUCAUUGUCCAAAUUCAAUGGGACUUUGAUUUAUAACAAUAUACCUGCCAAUGCUGAGGCCUGAAGCUUCUGAAUAGGUCAGCUGCACAAAUGUUGAGUGCAUUUCCUGAAAGAUCUUUGAGGUGUGGUCUAUCCAGGGCUUUCAAUAGUUGCUUCUAACCUCUUCCUCCACUCUUCUAGAUGUGAAGAUCAACUUUCUAAUCAAGGUUUUUACCUGUCCAUGACAUUUUAAUGAUCUGUGUAUAUGGACUCGGCCUUUGGAGCUCCAAAGUGUGUAGUUUUUCUCUAUUUACGAAGGACUUGGAUCUGUUCCCUCUAAUUCUCGUGGCUGUUUUGUGGAUGGAUCUCCAUCUGCCAUUGUUUCUCUACCCCUGCCCCCAUUUAUCCAGGUCCCUCUUUCCCGCUAUGUAACAUCCUGCUUCCAUUUGCACAGCUCUGCCUUCUGACUGCAAUCAGUACUCAUCCCCUUAGUACUGAUCCACUUAUCCACAUGUUACAUUCUGUGUACUUGUUCAUUUUGCCAAAAUCUCAUUCAAUACCUUUUCAAAUGUCUGCUGCAUGUCCGUGUAGAUGACAUCCCACAAGAUGGUCCUAUAUCCAACGAGCAAAUUGUUUAUCUGUUUAAUAUCAUCCUAGGAUAUUUCCAGUCCACCUUUUCCUGUCAUAAGUACAGCCACCUGACUUUGGAGAUCAAAUCCUACAUGCAGUAUACUGAAGAAAUGUUUUUUAAAAAAACUGCUUGCUUAUGGGUGGAACAACAUUGAGCUUUCUAAGCCAUUUAUGCCCAUUUCAGAGAGGGAGUUUAUCUCAAGAUACCUAAUUGAAAUUAUGUUGUGGGAUCUGAGGGAGAAUUUUUUCACACAGGAAGUGUUUGGAAUCUGGAACACACUGCCUGAGGAGAUGGUGGAGGGAAAGACUCUCACAACACUUAAGAAGCAGCCAAGGUGUAGAAGACUUCAAUCAAAUGUGGAUAAGUGGGAGCAGAUGGUGGACACCAUGGACAUGGUGGGGCAAAGAGGCUGUUACUGUGCUGUGCCAUUUUGACUCUAGGAUAUGAUAUGGUCUACUGUUUGAUAAGGUUACCACGAUGACAAGUAGAGGAAGGUUUGAUUUGCCACAUUAGGUGGCUAUAUUACCCAUUUCUCUUGGAUCCUGUUUGGAACUGCUAAAACUGGCGAAACCCAGGAAGUCUAAGACGAGUUGGGGGUAAUAUAUUAGGAAGGUUACAGAAUUGGCUAACAGGAAAAAAAAACAAGAUAAAUGAGUCAUUUUUGAAUUGGCGAUCAUACCAGAGACCAGUAUUCAGCCACAAAUUGGUAAAUUCACUUAUUAUUGUCACAGUGAAAAACUUGUCUUGCAUACCGAUCGUACAGGUCAAUUCACUGAAUUAGUGCAAGGGAAAACAAUAACAGAAUGCAGAAUAAAGUGUUACAGUAACAGAGAAAGUGCAGUGCAGACAGACAAUAAGGUGCAAGGCCACGAUGAGGUAGAUCGUGAGGUCAAGAGUCCAUUUUAUUGUACUGGGAACCGCUCAAUAUUCUUAUAACGGCAGGAUAGAGGCUGUCCUUGAGCCUGGCAGUAUAGUUGUGUACUGUGGAGUACUACAGCCAGAUUUUCUGAUGAUGCAAAUACGGGUGGGUAGGUUAGCAAGCUGUGAGAAGGACACAGCAAAGGGAUAUAGAUUGCGAGUGGGCAUAAAGUGCAUUGUGAGAAACUGUGAGGUUAUCCAUUUUGAAAGAAGCAUGAAAAAUCAAAUUACUUAAAUAGACUACAAACUGAAUCUGAGGGCCCUGGUGCACACGACAAAGGAUUGGUGUAUGGACACAGCAAAUCAUUGGGAAGGCUACUGUUGCAAGGCUAUGAAGUACAAAAGACAGAAGUUUUGUUGCAAUGUGACAGAAUGUUGAUGCAACUGCACCUGGGAUACUGGGCACAGUUUUGGUCUCUGUAUUUGAGGACUGAUGCACUUACAAUGAAUGUAGUGAAACAAGGUUCACCAGGUUGCAUCCUUGUUCAGAGGGGUUGAUGUAUGAUAAGAGAUUGAGCAGCUUGGGCCUAUGUUCAUUGGAGUUUGGAGGAAUCUUGAAAUCUGAGUAUUGACUGCAUGCUGAGAAGGAAUAUUUAGAGCUGGGACAAAAAACUAACUACUGGAGGAGCUCAGCAGAUCAGGGCGUCUUUGGAGGUAAAUAGACAGUUGACAUUUUGGGUUGAGUCUAGAUUCCAGCAACUGCAGUCUCUUGUAUCUCCAUUUAGAGAUGGGGCCUUAGCCUCAGAAUAAGGAGACACCUAUGUAACAUGGAGAUGAAAAGGAGUUUCUUCUGAGGGAUGUGCCUUUUUCUCUAACCCAGAGAGCUGUGGAGGUAGAGUCAUUGAAUAUAUUCAUGACAAUUGACAUUCAUUUGAACUACACAGAGGCAAGGGGUAUGGGGAGAGCCUGGAAAGUAGUGUUGGGGGCUAAGAUUGGACCAACUGUCAUUGUAUUGGACCAUGCUCAGAGGGCUGAUUCACCUGCUGUUGCUCCUUUUUUCUUAUGUUGUCCUUGGGUCUUGAAUGAGUUCAUUUGCUAAAGGCUAACAGUUUGACAUAAGAAAUAGGAGCAGGAAGAGGCCAUCUGGCCCGUCGAGCCUGCUCUGCCAUUCAAUAAGAUCAUGGCUGAUCUGGCCGUAAACUCAGCUCCAUCUAGCUGCCUUUUCCCCAUAACCCUUAAUUCCUGUACUAUGCAAAAAAUUUUUGAAUUUUGACAUAGUUUAAAAACAUGUAUGCCAUGAAGUGCAAGAAACCUGACAAAAGAAAAGGUUGGUUGGAAAGAAAAAAUACUCUAUAAACGACAGCAGAUCAAUCUUAGCCAUGGUGUUUAUUGAGGUCAGGUUGCUGAAGUACUGAAAACUCUCCAAAGCACGGGUGGAGUAACCACAUUCGAACAAGUACAGUACACAUUGUGGGGAUUAAAAACCUGGUUACGCUUUAUAUCCAAACAUAUUGAGAAUAAAAAUGUAUGUAAACAUG